AUGGCACCCAGCGCAGUAACAGAGCAUGUCGAUGUGGUCAACGUGAAAAACAGUAAUCCGGUGAUCGAGGAAACAGGAGAAAGUGUUCGCCUCGCCGCAAGAUCGGGCAGUUACACCAAACCAACACCCGGUGCUGCGCCUAGCUACGUCCAAGCAAACCUCAUCGUUAUUCCUUCAAAGUACGCCGUGGAUUUCAGGAUCCUCUGUCGGAGGAAUCCUGUGCCUUGUCCACUGUUGGCAGAGUCCCAGGCCACCGGAAAGUGGGAUGAGCUGCGGUCUUGGCUAGAGGGUCUCGACGGCGAGCAGAUCGCCAAGAAUGUUGACCUCCGCCAUGAUUUCCCCAGGUAUAUGGUGUACCAAGACGGGAUAUUGACGAAGUCCCACUGUUCCAAUGUCGAGGAAGAAUGGACAGAAGACCACGUUGGAUUCCUGAUUGGAUGCUCCUAUAGCUUUGAGUCUGCUCUUGCGAAGGCAGGACUCACACCUGCCCAUAUGGCUCAUGGGAGAAAUGUGCCCAUGUACCGGACGAACAUACCGCUCUGUCCGGCCGGUGCUUUCCAAAACUCUACAUAUGUCGUAUCCAUGAGGCCAUAUCGGAGGAAAGACGUCGAGACAAUUCGCGAUAUCACUCGCCCAUACAUUGAUACGCAUGGCGAGCCAAUUGCCUGGGGCUGGGAUGCCGUGGACAAGCUUGGGAUUGCGGACAUCAGCAAGCCCGAUUUCGGAGAGCCACCAGUUGCGCAGAACGGGGCACCGCUGGAACGUCAUGGCGUUGGGGCAGAAGAAUGUGUGCCUGUCUUCUGGGGCUGCGGCGUGACUCCUCAGGAAGCUGUGCGAAGAGCUGGCCUUGAGGGCACGGUGAUCGGGCAUGCCCCAGGGUAUAUGCUUGUACUGGACAUCAGAGAUUGGGAUAUAAUCCCAGAUGUUCAAAGCUAG